AUGAAGAACGCGGUUAGGGCGGGAGGCGAUGGGGAUGUUUCGAAGACCGGUAGUGGCGGAAACUGGUAUGAAAGAGUAACCGAAUCACACGAUUCAUUAGUGCGGAUAUCGCAGCAGGCUGCGCAGAACAACGAUUGUUCAGCUGCGUGGGCAAGGCUGGUGGCGUUUUCGAGCAGGCUUCACUUUCAGGCAUGUGUGCAGGUGCAGGUGCAGGUGCAGGAUAAGCGCUCACAUGCUUCAGCUGAAUUGACGAUCAUGAGACAAAAUCGUCUCGACGAGGGUGGCUUUGUCGAUCAUGCACAUGGCAAGGUUGUGAAUCGAUAG